AUGCUUACACAUUUCUACCGCUUGGUGACCCAGAUCAACAACUCAGAAACGACGCUUGAUGAUGCGGCGGGUUUGCUUUCUGGCCUCAUGACGGAUGAUGAGCACCUGGCAUUACUCCAAGGCAAUGGGUCUCGAACGCAAUACCUGUCAGACAACAAGGCUUCACCAUAUCCGGCUUCAGUCGUAUCUAGAGUCGGCGUGCCUGGAUUACAAUACGUCGAUGGAUCACGGCAGUCAUUUUUUACAGAGUUUCCAAGUCCACUGGGCAGAGCGGCAUCUUUCAACUGUCAGCUAGAAGAGCUCAUUGGAGAGGCUAUCGGUAUAGAAGUACGAGCUCACGGCGGAAAUGUAUAUGGUGGUAUAUGCCUUAACGUCACACGUCGAUCGGAUUGGGGACGAGCCCACCAGUCGUAUGGAGAGGAUCCGUUCGUCAUCAGUCGAAUGGGUAGUGCAGCAGCAAGAGGUGUACACAGGAACGCCAUGGUGGCCAUUCGACACUUUGCGAUGAACUCUCUGGAAAUUCUGCGAGAAGAUGGCAGGAUCACAUGCGACGAGAAAACAAUGAACGAGCUGUUCUUGCAGCAUUUUAAGGAGGUGCUCUAUGAGAGUGGAGCAGAAGUAGUUGUGUCUGCAGGCAAUCGUGUCAAUGGUGUUGCGUGCACGGAGAACCCAGCCCUGCUAAACGGAAUCUUACGACAACGCUGGCAUCUGGAUGAGUUGAUCGUGGCUAGCGACUGCACAUGGCCAGUCAAAAACGGUCCGGCAUCAAUUAAGGCAGGCCUGGAUAUCGAAAUGCCAUUCAAGUCAGGAGGAAGAAUCGCGGCUGUCGAGUCCGCUCUCGAGCAUGGAACACUGGACUGGUCCAACAUACAGAUCAUGACCGAACGCAUCCUCAAGGCUCAACUACGAUACCACUGCCGUACAACACGAAUGCCGUCGCCGGAUCCAGAAAAGAUAAGAUGCCAGCGCCAUAUUGGCCUUGCCCGACGAUCAGUAGCUGAAUCCAUGGUGCUUCUCAAGAAUGACAAUGGUUUUUUGCCUUUCAACAAGACAUCUCAGAUUAGAAUGACAGUCUUAGGGGAGUUGGCAGAUCGGGUCAGCUGCGCGUAUCAGUUCGAUGCCGCAUCUCAUGCUGCAGGUCCACCUGGAACAAGCCCUCUGGAGGAGCUGAGGAAAAGACACAAUGUCGCUGUGGACUACAUGCACGGGAAUGAAAAAGCCAAGGCGACAAAGUCUGCUAUGCUCGCUGAUGUUGUCCUGAUAUUUAUUCGUCCUUCGAGCAAAUCGGAGCUUGUUCACUCACGCAGCCGAUUCUUGGACCGCUUCCGCUCUCGCAAGCAAGCAGGGCAUGCAAUGGCACGUUUCCGGGACCGCAGGCAUCUGACUCUCGAUGCUCAUGAUCUCGAGCUCGCAAAAGCGGCUCUGAAUGUUGCUGGUCACAAAGCGGUUGUGAUAAUUGAGGCAGGCACGAGUGUGACGAUUCCGACCUUCGUGCGACAGAAAGCCACUGCCAUUUUAUUCUCCAGUUAUGGCUGCCGGCAGUACGGCAAGGGCCUGCGCGAUGUUUUGUUUGAUGAGCAAGAGCCAUCAGGCCGGUUGCCCUUCGUUCUACCCGAUACUGAAGAACAACUACUAGAGAAGGAGAGAAGCGCAUCAUCACAUGAAAUCAAAUACGACGAUAAAUGGGGCUAUAGGAGGCUACGACACGAGCAGCAGAAACCAGCAUACCCAUUUGGAUUUGGACUCGGCUAUUCAACCUUUUCACUCAAUUCACUUUGGUGCUCACACCCCAUUGUCAAAAUCAGUUUUGACAUGACAGUAAACACAACAAACACUGGGACGCACUCAUCUGCCGUUGUAAUCCAGAUAUAUGCAUCGAGAAGAUCACGGAGGGACAGUGCGACAUCGAGUGUUCCACCCAGAAGUCUCAUCGGUUUCGCAAAGGAAGUCAUCAACCCUGGCGAGAGCAGCGAGAUUGGCAUCAUCUGUCGCUUGAGUCCCCUAGCCGAGUUUCACUCGAGUACCAGUAAAAUGGUUGUCGCCGAGGGCGAAUAUGAUCUUUUUGUAUGUCAGUACGAAGGCGACAGCAAGGCUUUGUCAUCCUCGUUCCAAAUUCUGAAUGAGGUCUACUGCUGA